CAGGUAGGCGGACGCGUUGCUAUGGUUAUAGACCGUUCUCAUGCGUAAACUUUAUAAAAAUGAAUAUAGUGUAUCUACAUACGCUAGCUUGUUGUUCCUGUUUUGCUUCACUUUGUCGUGUGUGUUUUAAUUUGCAGGAUUGUCUGCGGGUUCGCUGUCCUCUGUUACCCUGCAGUUGCUGCUGAACCUGACGAGCAUCUACUUCGUCUUCUAUUUCCUCUUCACUCUCAGCCUAAUUAUCAAGAAGAGUCCGUGAUGCCAUGCUUGGAGCUGCCGUAUCCUUCUGAUGCGUUGACAAAUGAUGUAGGUCUCCUGCUCCUCUUUGCUGCUCUGGAGUUUCUGCAUUUCUACUGGGGUGUGCGGGGCAAUCUGACGGAGAGUGACAGCUACAUGUUUGGGAACCUCAUUAUGACAGUAACAACCAUCUUAUUGUCGGUGUACUUCCUGGUGUGGCAGACCUACGUCAUGAGAGCAGACGUAAUAAUCAGCAGUGUGUUGAUCACUUUCUAUGGUGCAGAUGGAGUCCUCGCUUUAAGCACCCUGGCCAAAUUUAGGAGAGAGUAUUUGUGAAGAAGACUUCAUCACCAUAUUGUCCUGCAGCAAACUAGAUAGUUAAUAUUUCACAGAUAGAAAACAAGAUUUAUGAAAUUAAUGUGUUGUUUGGACAGUUUGAGUGUUUAUAAUUGUAAUUUUUUUUUAUUAAACUUUUGUUCUUUUUUAA